AUGGCGCUGCGCGGCUGCGCUCCCCUCCUGCUCCUCUGCGGCUGGCUCCUGGGCCCAGCUGGCGGCCAGUGCCCAGAGGGGUGCUCCUGCUCCCGGUCUGCCCAGGUGGAGUGCGUGGGCCCCCAGAUCACCGAGAUGCCCUCCCCCUUGCCCGGCCACGCCAUGAUGAGCCUGCAGGUCCUCAACACGCACAUCACGGAGCUGGGCGAAGCGGCCUUUGGCAACGCCUCCAUGCUCAUCGCCCUGCGGAUAGAGAAGAACAGCCUGGCCCACGUCAGCCCCGGCGCCUUCCACCACCUGGCCUCCCUGCGCUACCUCAGCAUGUCCAGCAACAAGAUCCGGGAGCUGCCGCUGGAGGUCUUCCAGAGCCUGGGCAAACUGGAGUCGCUGCUCCUGUCGGGCAACCAGCUCGCCCGCAUCCACCCUGCCCACUUCACCCAGCUGAGCAGCCUGCGGGAGCUUCAACUGCACGGCAACAGCCUGCGGACCAUCCAGCCGGGGGCCUUCGACCAGCUGGCAGCCCUCACCAAGCUCAACCUGGCCAAGAACCUCCUCUCCCGCCUGCCGGCCCGGCUCUUUGCGCAGCUGCGCCGCCUCCAGGUGCUGCGGCUCUACGAGAACCAGCUGGCCGAGGUGCCCCCCGGAGCCUUCGAUGCCCUCACAGAGCUGCAGGAACUGGGUCUGCACCAGAACCGGAUCCGCCGGCUUCCCGCCGGGCUCUUCUCGGCCAACCGCAGGCUGCAGAAGCUGUACCUCUCCAACAACGGCCUCGAGGCCCUUCCGGAUGGCCUCUUGCUGGACCUGCCCGAGCUCUCGCGGCUGUCCCUCUUUGGGAACGCCCUGCAGGAGCUGCGCCCCGGCACCUUUGGGCCCCUGCCCCUGCUGAGGGAGCUGUGGCUCUAUGACAACCAGCUGGCCACCGUGCCCGCCCAGGUCUUUGGCAACCUGACGGAGCUGCAGCUCCUGGUCCUGAGCCGGAACCAGCUCCGCUCCGUCUCCCCCUCGGCCUUUGCUGGGCUGCCGGAGCUGCUGGAGGUCUCCCUGCACACCAACGAGCUCCACACGCUGGACGGGCAGACCUUCCGCGGCCUCGCCAAGCUGCAGAACGUCUCCUUGCAGAACAACCGGCUCAGCGCCUUGCCGGCUGGCCUCUUCCGGAAGACGCCCGGCCUGGUGACCGUCCAGCUGCAGAACAACUCCCUGGAGAGCCUCCCUGCGGGCUUCUUCAACCGCCUGCCCCGCCUGCACGAGGUCAGGCUGCACGACAACCCCUGGCGCUGCGACGCCGGGCUGCUGGCGCUCAAGAGGUGGCUGCAGGAGAACAGGCCCCGCCUGGGCAGCAACCAGCCCGUGUGCGCCCUGCCUCUCGAGGUGCAGGGGCAGCCCAUUGCAGAGCUGGACGACGGGCAGUUGGGCUUGGCGGCUGCUGAAGCGACUGACUGGCCCAUGGCCACCUCCGGCCAGACGGAGAUCCCAGCGCAGGACCAGAGUCCAGAGGCCCUGCCGCCUGCCCGCAGCCAACCUCCCGCUCCGGACCAGGAGCCCAGCAGUGCCGAGACAGUGCGGGAGCUCCCGGGGGCAGCCACGGACCUUCCGGGCCCUGGAAGCGGCCCCGCGGAGGGGGGGAUCUGGGGCCUGACGCGCACCCAGACUGGGGUGGUGGUCACUUGCAUCGUGGUCGGUUGUGCCUUGCUGCUCCUGGCACUGGCUGCGCUGGCCGUCUACGGAUACCGGAGGAGCCCGGCUCACGGCAAGGCAUAAAAAGAGCUCCG